AUGUCACCCAGCAAUAUCUUGGACCCUGCAGCCCUUAUUUCUCUACUACCAACAAUCUUACCCUCGGAUUCAAAGACUCUGUCGUCGAGCCAUGAUGCUCUCGCUGCACUGCUGCACACAGUCUUUACAGCACUCGCUUUCCGUCUAACUGCAGUCAACGAUGUCCCUGCAGCAACUACAGGAAACGUGCUUCCCGAAGAAUGGAAAAAGAACGGCCCAGGGCACUAUUCCUUUAACUAUCGUCAUGAGCAAAGCAGCCUUGAAUUUGCCGUCACUGUGGCCAAGUUGGGAUCGAGGACUGUAAUCAAUGCGAUCGCCUUGGAGAGUGACAAGGUCGCCAGUUUGGAUGUGGCCACGCAAGAUUUUACUUCGCCGUCAUUCUACCCGUAUGAUCAAUUGAGCGAUCCCAGUAAAUCGCUUGUCCACGGAUUUAUUUCAUCCAAUCGAGUUUCAGAUCUGGUGACCCAAUUCAAACUUAAGAUUAUCCAGAAACUUCUCCCUGGAUUGCAAAAGGAGGGCUAUUCUGAAGGGAGUGAGACCGUCUCCGGAGAAUCUUCAGCACCUACGACACGAGAUCCACCCCCUGCUCAGCCUCGCCCCGGGCCUCCCCCCGAUGCCCCAGAAAUCCCAUACCGAACACCUCCCACUUUCCCUUCGAGAAAUCCCCUCGAGGUUGGCAGAAGCGAUUUGGACCCGUUCCCUCGGAACCCAUUCGCUCCACCGCUUUUCCCGCCAACUGGCGGUGAUGGUAUGUUCGUUGGUCCAAACCAUCCCAUGUUCGGGAUACACGAUCGAGAUAGAGACAUUGGCCGCGGGCCAUGGGGAGGGGAUGGCUAUCUGCCACCACUAGGCGCUCCCCCAGGCGCACGCUUCGACCCCGUCGGCCCUACCUUUCCCAAUCGACCUCCUCGGGGUCCCACAGGCCCGUAUCCCCCGCCUGGUGGUCGAAACACUCGCGACCCUGACAACGACGAAUUCAUGCCUCCCGGAAUGGGGGACAUGUUUUCGUAA